AUCUACCCUUUUUGAGCCUAGAAUUUAAUAUUAUGGGUCCUUUGUAACUUAGUUUCACCUUUGUUUAUAUUAAUUUCAUUAUGUGUAGGUGGAAAUUAAGAUAUGAAUUAAUUUUGUAUCGGAUUGAGAUGAUUCUAUAGGCGUUGGAAAGCUAAGAGGUAGAGCUACAAUUGAUGUUUUAUGAGCUUAACCCAGUUCUAGCUGUAUCAAUACAGAUUUUUGGUUGAAAGUGACGGUUUUGAUAAUGGACAGAAUGCAGAAAUAAAGAGAAUUGGGCUGUGUUCUAGGUGUGGGCCAACUGCAGUCCAGGCCCAAACCAAAGCCCAAUUCCCAUGUUUGUUAGGGUUAAGGGGUUUCUAAUUUCUGGAGAUAUAUAUAGAUGCUACUCGGCAGAAACAAAAGGGCCACAUAGACGGGAGAGAAAAAGUUGUUCUGCGCAAGAGUCAAGAGCAACCAGCCGCCCAAAAUCCCAGCCACCCACCUCUGUUGUUCACCAGCAGCAGAAGAGGACAGCCGCCGCCCAGCCUUGCUCUUCUCCGCCCAGCCACGCUGCCGCCCAGCCUUCUUGGGAGAUCCCGACCACAGCACACCAUUCGGCAAACUGCAAUUCUCCGUUUGGGUUUUGUUGUUUCUGAUUUCUUUUUACUAUGAUUUUCUGUUGGGAUUUAUUUUUCAUGGCUGUUGAGAACAUAAACAUGUGUGGCUAGAUUUCUCUGAACUAGGGAUGGAUGGAUUUUAAUGUUUGGAAUAUGUGACUGUUUUUGUUAGUUUAAUUUAAGAUUUAUUGGUUAUUUGCAUGAUAAGUUUCUAUUAUUGAACUUAAUGCAUUGAGAGCUUGAUCACCUUUCAAUUGAUUUAGUGAUUUAUGCAUGAACUUGAGAAAAAAUUGUGUAAAUUAGACCAAUAAUAAUAUAAACCGUGCGCUAGACUAUGAGACCGAGAGGUAAUUAGCUCACAUGUGGUAGUGGAGGAAGAGAAGAGAGUUAGUAGCUCCCCCUUCUUAAGCUAGAGAUUUCCAUAGAAUUUAAUGCUCAUUAGUUUAUUUAAAAUUACAUAGAGAUAUGAUUAAUUUAGCAAACAAAUGAAGGAUUAGCUUGACUUGAGAAAGCUGGUUAAUUAAUUUAGGGAAAUCCGCCAUCUCAUGCAAUAACACUAUUAUUUGAAC